AUGUCUGACCAGCAGGAGACCGGUCCCACCAUGAGGCGCUUGAGUCAGCUGGAGAGUGUGGUCCUGUGGAAUCGAGCACGCCAGAUCAAGAGGGAGCUUAAACAGGGGGUGAAGAAGCCAUACAGAGAAGUGAUAGAUAUCUCCUGGGGUGACCCACAAGGUGGAGGCAUUAAACCUCUGUCAUUUGUGCGACAGGUUCUUGCAGCGUGCCAUUACCCUCAGCUUUUGAACAGUGACAAAUUACCAGAGGAUGUCAGACAAAGGGCUGAGAGGCUGCUGAAGGAAUGUGCUGGAAGGAGUACAGGCUCAUACACUGCUACACAAGGAAUACCAUACAUAGUAAAGGGAAUCUCUGAAUUCAUAACCAGACGAGAUGGUGGUGUUCCCUCUUUUCCCAACAAUAUUUACAUCAGCUCAGGUUCACAGUGGUCACUCCAGAACAUUUUCAUUAUCCUGGUGAACAGCAUGAGUGCAGUGAAGACAGGGGUGUUAACUCCAGUACCAUGCUACGACAAAGUAAAUAUGUCCAUUAGGGAGCUGGGUGGGGUUACCAUACCCUACUACCUCCAUGAGGACCAGGGCUGGGAGCUACAAAUAGAGGAGCUAAACCGAGCACUGGAGUCUGCAAAGGGAGUCUGUAACCCUGUCGCUCUGUAUGUUAUGAACCCUGGAAAUCCCACAGGUCAAGUUCAAACCAGAAAAUCCAUCCAAGAGGUUAUUCAGUUUGCCUCAGAGAAGAAGCUCUUUCUCCUGGCUGAUGAGGUCUAUCAAGAAUGUAUUUAUGGGGAAAAGAGUGAAUUUGUCUCCUACAAGAAGGUUCUGGCUGAGAUGGGACCUCCUAUUUCAGAAACGGUGGAGCUGGCAUCUUUCCACUCUGCAUCCAAGGGCUUAAUCGGAGAGUGUGGUUUGCGUGGUGGAUAUGUGGAGCUGGUCAAUGUGGACCCUGCUGUCAUGGAAUACAUCUACAAACUGUUCUCGACUGAUUCCUGUGCAUCUGUCCCUGGUCAGAUUGCCUUAAAUUUGAUGACGCACCCUCCACAACCGGGAGAUCCCUCGUAUUCGCUUUACAAUGAGGAAACACAGCUCAUUCAGACCACGCUGAUUCAUAAUGUGAGGAGAGUCUUUGAGGUUCUCAACAGUGUGCCAGGUUUCAGCUGCCAACCAGUGGAAGGAGGAGGUUUUGCGUUUCCCAGACUGCAUCUCCCACUGAAUGCCAUUCACAAAGCCAAGGAAGCGGGAAUGCAGCCGGAUGAGUUCUACUGUGUGAGACUCCUGGAGGAAUCUGGUUUGUUAGUCAAUCCUGGUUGGAAUUUUGAACAAAAGGAAGGCACCAGUCACUUCAGAAUGAACAUUAUGAUUAAAGAGGAAACCCUGGAGGGGGUACUGAGACGCCUGGUCAGCUUCCACACAAAGUUUAUGAAGGAGUUUUCUUGAGCAGAGAAACCAGGCAAAGAGGAAAAAUACAUAACUUAGACCUUUUCAUCCAGUCUAAUGCAGUCCAAAUCUGCAACUUAGUGCAGACAAUAAUAUUUGUGUUGUGUGUGAAUAAUUAAUAAAGCAAAAAUAUAUUAACUGCAUACAGUCUGUUAAUUGACCUUUUAGUCAUCUUUUGUCUUUAUACUCAUUUAGAGUAAAGUUCAACUUCUGCUUUCAAUGAAGCAAUUAACAUUUCAAACAUAAUUCACUAACAAAUCCACAAGGAAUUUACAGU